AUGGUGAGGAAUCUCGACAACCUGGACUUCCAUCUGCCUUCUCAUGCCCAAGACAUGCUGGACGGCCUUCAGCGUCUGCGUUCCCUGCCCAAGCUGGCUGAUGUCACACUCCUGGUUGGUAACCAGGAGCUUCCCUGCCACCGCAGCCUUCUGGCUCUGAGCAGCCCCUACUUCCACGCCAUGUUUGGCGGAGACUUUGCUGAGAGCUUUUCGGCCCGUGUGGAGCUGCGCGACGUAGAGCCGGUUGCGGUGGCACAGCUGGUGGACUUUGUGUACACAGGCCGGCUGACCAUCACCCAGAAUAACGUGGAGGUGCUGACCCGCACUGCCUCACGCCUUCACUUCCCCACUGUGCAGAAGGUCUGUGGCCGAUACCUCCAGCAGCAGUUAGACGCCACCAACUGCCUGGGCAUCUGCGAGUUUGGGGAGCAGCAGGGGCUGUUAGGCGUGGCGGCCAAAGCCUGGGCCUUCCUGCGGGAGAACUUCGAGGCGGUGGCCCAGGAGGAUGAGUUUUUGCAGCUGCCUAGAGACCGGCUGGCCACCUGUCUGGCCAGUGACCUGCUGCAGGUACAACCGGAGCAGAGUCGGCUCGAGGCCCUGCUGCGCUGGGUGCGCCAUGACCCCCAGGACCGGUCUGCCCAUCUGCCCGAGCUCCUUAGCCUGGUGCAUCUGGAUGCUGUCCCGAGGCCCUGCGUACAGCAGUUGCUGGCCACAGAGCCACUGAUUCAGGAGUCAGAGGCAUGCCAGGAGGCCCUGUCCCAGGGCCACAGUGGGGAACUUCCUGGCCACCCACAGAAGAUGCAGGAGGUACUGGUGGUCGUAGGAGGGCAGGCACUGGAGGAGGAUGAAGAGGGUGGUGAAGAACCUAGCCACCACACCGGGAACUUUGCCUUCUACAACACCAAGGCCAGGCAGUGGAUGUCACUCCCGGACUUCCCCGAUUACCACAAGUGGGGCUUCUCCCUGGCAGCGCUCAACAGUGAUGUCUAUGUCACAGGUGGCUCACGGGGCACCAAAACAGACACCUGGUCAACCACCCAAGCCUGGUGCUUCCCGCUGAAGGAAGCUGUCUGGAAACCUGUGGCACCCAUGCUGAAGGCCCGCACGAACCACGCCAGUACAGCCCUGAACGGAGAGAUCUAUGCCAUAGGUGGCACUGCCCUGGAUGCAGUAGAGGUGGAGCGGUACGACCCCUACACGGACAGCUGGACUCCCGUCAGCCCGGCCCUCAAGUAUGUCAGCAACUUCUCAGCUGCCAGCUGCCAGGGCCGCCUCUACCUAGUGGGCUCCAGCGCCUGCAAGUACAACAGGCUGGCUCUCCAGUGCUACACCCCCGUGACAGAUGCAUGGAGUGUGAUUGCCUCACCUUUCCUGCCCAAGUACCUGUCGUCUCCACGCUGCGCUGCCCUGAAUGGAGCCCUCUAUCUCAUUGGUGACAACACCAAGAAAGUCUACGUGUAUGACCCGGGGGCCAACCUGUGGCAGAAGGUGCAGUCACAGCACAGUCUACAUGAGAACGGCGCCCUGGUCUCUCUGGGUGACGCGCUGUAUGUGACAGGCGGCCGCUGGCAGGGCAUGGACGGCGACUAUCACGUGGAGAUGGAGGCCUAUGACACUGUGAGGGAUUCCUGGGCCCGCCAUGGCUCCCUACCCCGUCUCUGGCUCUACCACGGGGCCUCUACCAUCUUUCUGGACAUCUCGAAGUGGACGCAGCCCUUCAGCCCCAGUGCCGGUCAGGAGCACUAG